AUGGAUAACGAGACUCCUAAGCGCAUCAUGGAUACGGCUGGCAAUGCGGGCGAGGCGACCCCGAGUAAUCCGAUACCGAAACCUCAAGUCAGCUCUGACAUCAGAUUGGACCCGGGUCUAAUUGAAGCGCUCCCUUUGUCUGUAUCGGAGGUCCUCUCGGCGCGACACUACGAGCUUCAGAUAGUACGUCUUGGUAGUAGGGGCCGCGCAAUGAUAGAAGGAGAGUAUGAAUCACUGAAGGCCCUUUACGCUGUCUCGCCCACAUUCGUACCAGUUACUUAUUCUUGGGGCAGUUACAAGAACAAGGCGACCGGCGUGCAUACACACUUCCUUCUCACGCAGUGUCGUGAAAUUGCCGACCAGCCUCCUAACCCGGUCAAGUUCACCGCUCGCCUUGCAGAACUCCAUCGAAACUCCAAGUCGCCGACGGGGAAGUUCGGCUUCCACAUCACCACCUGUCACGCGAAGUUGCCGCAGCUCACCGACUGCUGGACGGAGUCAUGGGAGACCUUGUACAAAAAACAGCUUGCGCACAUGGUUCACGUGGACGAGGAGGAACAUGGAGCAUGGCCCGAGUUCCGACAGAUCUGCAAGCUUAUUCUCGACAAGGUCAUACCGUUGCUGAGCGAGAGUCGCACCAUCAAACCAUGCCUUGUUCAUGAAGAUCUAUGGGAUGAGAACACAGCUACUGAUAUGGAGAUCGGGGAGCCUUUCGCGUUCGACGCUGGCGCCUUCUACGCCCACAAUGAGUACGAGUUGGGCAAUUGGAGAGCUGCGCGGAAUAAACUGAGUGCCAGGAUCUACGUGGAUAACUACAAGAAGAACUACCCACCCUCUGAACCAGUGGACGAGUGGGACGACCGAAACUUGCUGUACCCGUUGCGAUACGACCUGGGUUAUGCAAUCCUCUUCCCCGGCUCGAACACGCGUCUGGUCAUGAAGGAAAACAUGGCUCUGCUUUGUGCGAACUACUUCCCCGCAGACUUGCAAGCCCUUCAGACCCGUCACAGGUAG